CAGGCAAACUUCGGAGGGAGAGUGUUUCGAAGCAGUCGCCGGUGCUGGAGGGCAAACUUCCUUUCAGCCAGUGAGAGGUUAAUGUCUUCUUCCCAGCGUGCCGGGGGUGGAGGGUGCAAAAUGGCUGCGCCUGCGAGCUCGUGGGGCGAGUAGUGGGCCUGUUUGGGAAUGAUCCCCUGCGAUUUCGAGAGAACCAGAAAGGCAUCGCUUGAUCGGAUCGGGGAUUGCUGCUUGGGUGCGAAGACAUGGAUACUCCUGCAGACACAUGGGACAAUCUCCAUGCUCACUUAACUUUCCUGUGGCUGAAUCGAUUUUAUCUCUACUCGUGUGCAGUUUUUGGAAUCAGCCUUUGGAUUGGCCUUCAGUUCCUUAACAAAGCCAAAGAACAGAACAAAAAUCACCUUGCAAAAUUAAGCCUUCCUAAAACCACAGCUGCUGAAAAAGAACAGCAAGAUACAAGCCUUGACAAAGUCCAUGUAGCUGGAGUGAAGGUAUUCUAUGGUUCCCAGACUGGAACAGCAAAGCGGUUUGCACUGAUACUUACUGAAGCUGUUGCCUCCAUUAAUUUGCCAGCAGAAAUUAUUGACAUGCAAGAUUAUGAUCCAGAUGACUGUCUCAUAGAUGAG